AUGGAAUCCAUGAUGCUUCCCAUUUUAGCCCCUCAUGCGAAAAACACUACUUGGUUGAAAAAAGGCAGAAUCUCGGCCAAAAAAGGGAACUCAGAAUUACCUAAAGAAAGCCUCGAGGAGUUUAAAAAAAGGAAUGCAGUCUUCGAAGAGAGGAGGUAUUCAACUUCUAGCAGUCCUUACUACAAGGAGCUCACAGACUUCACUCUAGAUAUCAAUAAAGAAAAGGUUCAGAUCAACAAAGAAAAAAGUCCAGCAAUCGAGUUUUACGAGGCAAAUUCUGAUAAGUUUGAAAAAGAUGUUCUCUCGACAGACCAGUCUGCCCAGCCUAGCACCAUUCCAGGAGGCAACAGCCGGUUCAGAAAAGUAGCCAAACUCUUUUCCGGAAAGAAUAACUUAGAACUAAACAAAGAAAGCCUUGAUGAAUUAAACAAAAGGAAUGCAGUUCUACAGGAGAAGGGUUAUACUGCCAGUAGUCCUUACUAUAAAGGGCUCACUGACUUCACUCUAGACAUCCAUAAAGAAAAAAUUCCAACCACUGGCCACGAGUCAACUCCCAGUCACUCUAAGCCAGAUAUCUUCCCACCUGACCAAUCCUCUGAUAGUAGCGCUACAAGUAAAGGAUCUACUUGGUCCCAGAAAGCCACCAGAUUCUUUACAAAAAAGAAGAGCUCAGAUCUAACAGAAUCAAGCCUCGAGGAAUUUAAUAGAAGGAAUGCAAUUCUAGAGGAGAAGAGGUAUUUUCAUAUUAGUCCUUAUUAUGUAGGGCUGACUGACUUUACUCUAGAUAUCAAGAAGGAAAAAGUUCCAGUGAUUGAGAUCCAUGAGGCAGCUUCUGUUACCUCCAGCACUAGAUCAAGUUUCAUUGUCAGGAUGCAACAAUUAGGAACGUUUUGCUUCUUUUUCAAAAACAAGGUAAAGAAAUAUGUUUCAUCUUCUUCCUCAUCAUCACAAUCAAGAAUUUCAAAGGACAGAGAUUCCGGGAAAGAAGUUAAAAGCACCUUAACUAAAAGCAACGUAGCCCAUCUUUUUAACGAGGGGAAGCCAUUGAGGGAGAGAGAUUUACCAACAGACCAUGCAGCACCAUCACAGCUACAAACGUCACAAACACAACUUCCACCAGUACCACAAGUAUCACAGCCAGCAGAAACAUCAGAAACAAAAGAGAUGAACCCAACAGAACAAAGUGAUACUGAGGGUAAAAGGAAGCCAUUCACUUGGGCAGACACGUAUCGGCCUUAUACCUUAACAGAUUUCAUAGGCAACCGAGAAACAGCCACAGAGCUAAAAGCUGCGGCAAAUUCUGGAGACUGCUGUCACUUCAUAUUUGAAGGAAAACCAGUCAAAGAAUCGGUAAAUUAUAUUCAACUCCCCUUCUACAAUUCAUCUUAAUCCAGGACAAACACACCUACCAAGUUAAAGCUUAACUCUCGCACAUUAACUCCAAAUACUCUCCUUUCUGUUAAUUACUUACUACUACCUUCUUCUAUUCACCUUCCCCAGAGAUUGGCCUAAUUUUGCUUAUCAUAUAUUUUUAUGUUUUUAGUCACACUCCCAUAGUUAACAUCCGGAUACAUACAACCAAUACUGAGUACCUAAGGCUCAUCCCAAGUACCUAAAGAUACUCGCAUCAAAUUAAUGUUGGCAGUAAACACUACCAUCAAAUCUGCCAACGCAUCAUCAGAAAACGGAUGCAGGCUCCCCUCUUGCAAUUUGUUGAUCCAUCUGAAACUGCAAAAGAGUAUGUUCCGCUCCCCCACAAAGUAGAUAUAUAAAAAGAUCAAAUAAAGUGACUCAGACAAUCAUAUGAUCAAAACCCACUCAUUGAUAUCCCUCCUCUACUACCUUAUGACACACGUCAGUUAUCCUCCAAUAUAUAUAUGAAGGAUUCUAAACUUUUAAUCUUGCAGACUGAUCUCAACAACCACUGUGGCACUCUAGUAGCUACUGUAUCUGGUCUUCUCCGAAUGAGGAAAGAGACAUAUAAAGCUCUCAAGUGGUCAUCUCCACAGUAUAAUCCCCACUUCUGUUACUGCUGAACAAGUUCUGAUUUAACUGAUCCGUCACGAGCGUAGUGGCCAAAUCAGAUGUUGUUAAGUAGGCAUUGGUGCAACUUCGUGUAAAUAUGGAUACGAUACAUGUCACUGUCUUAUGGAUAGGUUGGUGCUCAAGCUAAACUAGACCGAUUGGUGUUUAGACAUCGCUCUCAUCCCAUGCUUAUUCAUUCACAUUUACUUAUGUGCACUAUUGUCUUAGUCAUUUUCUUGGGCUCCAGAUCUUGUAUGCUCAUGUUUAG